AUUACCAUCUCAAUUAUUGUGGUCCUGCGGCAAACAUUUUGGCUAUGUGACAGAUUUCUUCCUUUGUUAUAUACUUUCAUCAUCUAAAAGUAACUUGGCUUCUGAUUUUAUCCGUAACUAGAACAAAAAAAAUGGUGCAUUCACGUACCUGUUCUUGCAAGGUUUUCUUCAAAUUUCUUCUCCUUUUAUGCAUGGCCACAGGUCUGCAAUCUGCAACACUUUCCACUUAUAGAAAUGAAUCCGAUCACCUGGCGUUGCUAGACUUCAAGAAACGAAUUUCUCAAGAUCCUCUCCAAAUCAUGAGCUCAUGGAAUACUUCAAUCCAUUUCUGCAGUUGGGUAGGGGUUACAUGCAACCACGCCAACAAAAGAGUCAUGAUUUUGAACCUGGAAGCUCAAAAACUGGUAGGCUCCUUAUCACCUUUCAUUGGAAAUCUUACUUAUCUUACUGGAAUUAACCUGAUAAAGAACAACUUUCAUGGUGAAAUUCCUCAAGAAAUUGGCCGCCUACUGAACCUACAACAUCUCAACCUUUCUUUCAAUUCUUUCAGUGGAAAGAUUCCAAGUAAUAUAUCUCAUUGUACACAACUAAGAGUGCUCGAUCUUGUUCUCAAUGAGAUUAUUGGUUCGAUCCCAAACCAACUCAGUUCAUUGUAUCAUUUACUUGCCCUAGGUUUUUCUGCUAACAAUCUUACCGGAACUAUCCCCGCUUGGAUUGGAAACUUUUCAUCUUUGGAAAUUCUAUCGCUUGCUAUCAAUAAUUUACCCAAUGAGCUCGGACGUCUAACAAACUUGAGAAGGUUUGUACUCUGGGGAAAUAAUUUGUCUGGUACGGUACCUGCUUCACUCUAUAAUAUAUCAUCCAUAUACUAUUUCACUGUUGCUUCAAACCAGCUGCACGGAGAGAUACCACCAGAUGUCGGCAUUACGCUUCCUAAUCUCGAAGUAUUUGCCGGUGGGGUCAACAAGUUCACCGGAACUAUUCCACUAUCAUUGGCAAAUGCUUCUAGACUUCAAGUGCUUGAUUUUGCUACAAAUGGUCUCACCGGGACACUCCCUGCUGAAAACCUUGCAACCUUGCAAAGCUUAGUUAGACUGAACUUUGAUGAAAACAGACUAGCAAGGGGGAUAACCGAUGGCAAGGAUUUUCUUGGUCUCCUCGCUAAUUGUACGAGUCUAGAGGUGUUGGGUCUUAUGGGAAAUUAUUUUGGAGGAGAAUUGCCCGGAUCAGUAGCCAACCUUUCUACGCAACUGAGAAUUCUUACUUUGGGGUCAAAUUUGAUGCAUGGCAGCAUCCCCAAUGACAUUGGAAAUCUUGUCAAUCUGACUAGUCUAGGACUGGAAGGAAACUAUUUGGGUGGUCGUGUCCCCGAUGGAAUUGGGAAGCUUCAGAAGUUACAGGGACUGCAUUUGAAUGUUAACAAAUUUUCUGGGAGAAUCCCUUCUUCUUUAGGUAACUUGACGUCAUUGACAAAGCUCUUCAUGGAAGAGAACAUGUUUCAGGGAAGCAUACCUCCAAGCCUAGGAAACUGCCAAAAGUUACUGGUACUUAAUCUUUCAAGUAACCGUCUAACCGGCAAGAUACCUAAAGAGCUUAUUGGACUUUCAUCCCUUUCAAUCUCUUUGUCCAUGUCGAACAAUUCUUUGAUUGGUUCGCUACCAUCUGAAGUGGGAAAGUUGGUAAGUCUCGGAGAGCUAGAUGUAUCUAGAAACAAGUUAACAGGUCAAAUCCCAGAAGCCUUGGGAAGUUGUACCAGUUUGGAGCGCCUUCACUUGGAAGGUAAUGAAUUUGAAGGAACAAUCCCCCUAUCUCUUAUGAAUUUAAGAGGCUUAGAAGAAAUGGAUAUUUCGCACAAUAACUUAUCUGGGCAGAUUCCUUACUUUCUUGGCAAGUUUAGAGUUCUUAAGGAACUCGAUCUUUCUCAUAAUAAUUUUGAGGGUGAAUUACCUAAAGAAGGGAUAUUCUCAAAUGCAAGUGGCAUCUUAAUUCUUGGAAACGAGAAGCUCUGUGGUGGCAUCCCACAGUUACGUCUACCUGUAUGCUCCAUCAAAAAGCCCCAUUCAUCUCGAGGACUACGAGGCCUAAAAGUGAUCAUCCCUAUAGCUUGUUCUCUUCCGUUCAUAAUUGCUCUAUCAUAUUAUAUUGCCGCUUGUUCCAUGGCGAAAAGGUCGAGAGGAAAAUCGGUUACUUCACGUCCUCAUGAAGAUUGGAAAUCAGGUUUCUCGUACUCAGAACUUGUUCAAGCAACUAACGGGUUCUCUGCGGACAAUCUGAUUGGUUCGGGAAGUUUUGGUUCUGUUUACAAAGGAGUAAUCCCUAGUAAUGGUGCAACAGUUGCUAUUAAGGUAUUCAACCUUCAACAACAAGGAGCUUCCAAGAGCUUUAUUGAUGAAUGCAAAGCUUUGAGAACUAUAAGGCAUCGUAAUCUCCUCAAGAUUGUAACUGCCUGCUCAAGUAUUGAUAAUCAGGGUAAUGACUUCAAAAGUCUAGUUAUGGAGUUCAUGGAAAAUGGAAGUCUAGACCUCUGGCUGCAUCGUGGAGACAAUGAACAACCAGAAGGUAAGAGACUGAGUAUUAUCCAAAGACUGAAUAUUGCCAUUGAUGUUGCUUCUGCCUUAGAUUAUCUACACAACCAUUGUGAGAUGUGCAUUGUUCAUUGUGAUCUAAAGCCAAGUAACGUACUUCUUGAUGAAGAUAUGGUUGCCCAUGUUGGUGACUUUGGUUUAGCAAGGUUCCUCGUUGAAGCAGCGAAUAAUCCCACGACUCCCACACCAAAUCAAACUGUCUCAGUUGGGCUAAAGGGUUCCAUAGGAUACAUUCCUCCGGAGUAUGGCAUGGGAAGCCAAGUUUCGAUACUGGGAGAUGUUUAUAGUUAUGGGAUAUUGUUGGUCGAAAUGUUCACAGGAAAAGGUCCAACUGAUGACAUGUUCAAAGAUGGUCUAAGCAUUCACCAAUUCACUGCCAUGGCUUUGCCUGACCACGUCAAUGACGUAGUUGAGCCCUCAUUGCUCCUCGAAACAGAUGACGAGGAUGAUGACAGUGACAAAGAUGAUGCAUACGGCAAUAAAAUACAGGAAAGACCAACAGCCAGAUACAAGGAUCCCGGCCCGGACAAAGCAAAAAGAUUGGAGGAAUGCUUGAAUUCAGUGAUACAGAUUGGGAUCUCGUGCUCCGCAAUAUCACCAGGAGAGCGGAUGCUUAUGAAUGUGGUUGUCAACAAAAUGAAUGCAAUCAGAGACUCAUAUCUCAACUUAAGGACAGGUGGAAGAAGAAGAAGAUGAUGAUGAUGAUGAUGAUGGUGAUUGCAAUGUGCAACACAGGCUAAGUUUUUCUACCAAUUCCAACCUAUAUAUAGCUUUAUCUUUAUGCAAGACAUUAUAUUUGUAUUUAUGCAUGUGACAUCAUGUAAUGUUGAAUCAGUAUUUUAUCUCAAAUUUUCUCAACUGCUACUUGUUUGACA